AUGAUCCUGUUGUGGGUUACACUGCUUCUCCUUCACCAGGGAUAUAUGCUGACUCCAGUGACCACAGUUCAUCUUGGUGAACGUGCCACCUUCACAUGCGUUUUCUCUAAUAAAGAGUUGAGCAGCAAAAAACUUCACUGGUACAAGCAGAGUGCCGGGGAAACUCUGAAACCUAUUGUGACACUGUGGAAAUCUACACAACCUCAGUAUGGACCAGAUGUUUCUGAAUCACGAUUGGAGGUACAUUAUGAGAAGAAUGUUAGCAACCUGACCAUUCUGAGGACAACCAAAGAAGAUGAGGGAAUGUAUCACUGUGCUGUAAUGGAGUGGAAUGAUAAUCAGUGGAGUGGGACAUAUUUGUUAGUAAAAGGAAACACUCAGAGGACAUCAAACUAUACUGUUGUUCAGCAGCCAACAGUAUCUGAUCCAGUCCAUCCAGGAGACUCUGUGACUCUCCAGUGUUCAAUCCUCUCCGACUCUGGGAACAAGAUGUGUCCAGGAGAUGACAGUGUGUUCUGGUUCAGAGCCGGAUCAGAUAAAGCUCAUCCAGACAUCAUCUACACUGAUGGAAGAAGACAUAAUGAAUGUGACAAGAGAUCUGACACUCAGAAGAGUUGUGUUUAUCGCUUCUCUAAAAACGUCAGCUCCUCUAAUUCUGGGACUUACUACUGUGCUGUGGCCACAUGUGGGGAGAUAUUAUUUGGAAAUGGAACUAAAGUAGAAAUUGUGCAAAGAACACAUUCCGAAUUUGCUGCAAUGGGGAUGUUAAUAGUCUGCUUGGUCAUUUCUGUUGUUGGAAAUGUUGUCCUCAUCUGUAACCGAAAAGUACAUGAACAAUAUAAAGGAACUGAAAGUGCUAAUUUAGAAGAACGACAUGACAACUUGCGCCAACCAGUACAUGAUACAACUGGAGAUGACGACAGAUUGAACUACGCUGCGCUGAAUUUCUCCGGGAAAAAAACGAGAGGAAGAAACAAGAGAGAGUUGGCUGAGGACAGUGUGUACUCUCAAGUUAAAUGCUGAUACUGUUUAUAAUUUUGAGCAUUG